UGUUGGUUAACAUUUAAUCAUUUUACAAUUUCUUUUUUUUUUGCUUGUUGUCACAUUACCAUGCCGUUUAGGUUGUAAUUUAACCAGAAAAUUGAGGAUUUCUGUCCAAGUCAAAGGUGUCGCCUUCAUUAAAGUCUGCGUGAAAAAUGCCGGCCAAAACAACUUCUGUUAAGAAAAGGUUUGUGUCUGACGGUUUGCUCCGUGCUGAACUUAAUGAGUUCUUGACUCGAGAGUUGGCUGAAGAUGGUUAUUCUGGUGUAGACGUACGUGCAGCUCCAUCCCGUACUGAAAUAGUAAUUUCCGCUACUCGUACACAGAAUGUAUUGGGUGACAAAGGACGUCGUAUUCGUGAACUUACAUCUCUCAUCCAAAAACGUUUUGACUUCAAGGAUAAGGCUGUUGAGCUUUUCGCUGAGAAAGUAGCUCAGCGCGGAUUGUGUGCAGUUGCCCAAGCUGAAUCACUACGUUACAAAUUGAUUGGAGGAUUAGCUGUCCGAAGAGCUUGCUAUGGUGUACUGAGAUUUAUUAUGGAAAGUGGUGCUAAGGGAUGUGAAGUUGUCGUGUCUGGCAAAUUGAGAGGUCAGCGUGCCAAGUCCAUGAAGUUUGUCGACGGUUUGAUGAUUCACAGUGGUGAUCCAUGUAAUGACUACGUCAAUGUUGCAACUAGACACGUAUUGUUAAGACAAGGUGUGUUGGGAAUUAAAGUUAAAAUCAUGUUGCCGUGGGAUCAAACUGGUAAACUUGGACCAAAGAAGCCAUUACCAGACAAUGUUAGUGUGGCGGAGCCUAAGGAAGAAAUUCUCCCUGUAGCACCAACAAGUGAUAUUAAAUCGAAACCGGAGCCAGUACCAGCUAUACCUGUUGUUCCUCUGGUCGCAUAAAAUAAACUUUUGUUUUUUUAACUAAAA